UGGCUGCACUGGCAGCGGAACUUGAGACUGCACAUCUGCGCCCCACGCACUCUAAGUCGUAUUACCAGACUACAGAUAGAAACCCCUCGACUCAACUCCCUCUACCACCUGCAACUACAGCGCAGGCAAACCAGAUCACACUCAAAUACAGGGCGAGCCCAACCCCCAUAGUACGAGAUAGACUCUUCUCCGUGCUAUUGCUACAAUACAAUCCGAAUCGACCGGUUCGAGUCUCACCAUGGGCUCAGCCAAUUCUAUGCUACAGACCUGGUAGUCCUUUAUACCCGACCACAGGUUUCAGCGCUCGCGUCAACUGUCCCUCAGGCUUGACACCAAUUCAAUCCAAUCUAUCUUCUGAAUCCCAGUGCCGCGGCGUCUGGGAAAGUGCCAGCGUCUCAAAAUGCAAGGCUUCAACAUGGGACGCUACGUCCCCCCCGACCUCGAAGGCCUCGUCUCAUUCAACACGGCAUCCGGCAAAGGGCACCCCCUCGGCGCCCGAGCCCGAAAACUAAAAUCCGAAGGCAUCCUAACCGUGCGCUUCGAAUGCCCCUUCGCAAUCUGGUGCACGCACUGCUCCCCCGAACAAAUCAUCGGCCAAGGCGUACGGUUCAACGCCGAGAAGAAAAAAGUAGGCAAUUACUACAGCACUCCAAUCUGGAGUUUUCGGUUCAAACAUACCGCAUGUGGAGGGUGGAUCGAGGUGCGGACGGACCCGAAGAACGCGGAGUACCUUGUCGUCGAGGGCGGGAGGAGACGAGACACGGGCGCGGAUAAAUUGCUCGAUGGGGAGGUGAGACUAGGUGUCUCUGAAGAAGAUAAAGAUCGAUUAGAGAAAGGCGGUGAUGGUGCCUUUGGGGCACUCGAGAAGAAAGUGGCUGAUAAAACGCUGUUUAAUGCCCAGAAAGAUAGACUGGACGAGUUACUCAAGGCCAGCGAGAGGGAUUGGGCGGACCCGUACGAGCGGAGUAGGAAGUUGAGGGCCGAGUUUCGCGUUGGAAGGAGGAAACGCCAGAAUGAUGAGAGGACUGGUGAGGCGCUGAAAGAAAAGUUUGGGCUUAAUGAUGCGUUGGAUUUGGGGUCCCAGGAUCAGCUUGAGGAUGUGGAGAGGGUGAAGUAUAUUGAUUUUGGGGAUCAAGGGGAGGACCAAAGGGAGGACGUUUCCGCUGCCGCGAAAAGAGCUUUGUUUGCAACAUCAACACCGACUGGACUGAAUGAUAGUGGGAGUAAUGGUUUGCCGUCGAGGUUCAAACCUCAUGCCAAAAAGGAUAUCCUGCAGAGUCAGCUGGCCGGGAACACGAGAGCCGCUACGGAUCCCUUCUUGCGAGAAGAUAACGGUUGGCGGCCGAGAGCGAAGCGGAAAAGAAUGGAGGAGGAAAAGGAUAAGGAAAGAGACCAAAACCAAAAAUCCGCGAGGACGGAAACGAAAACGGGAAGCGUGGCGUUGGUGGGUUACAAUUCGGAUUCGGAUUCUUCAUGAUACCCCAGUCAUUUGGUUUUUCUUGCGGAUACCCAGUGUUCAUUUCAUAGCGCUACCUAAGGUACUCUAGUCAUGGUCACAUCGUACAUGUCAUGAUUUUGUUCAU